AUGAUACAUCAAUAAAAUUUCUAAUAAUAAUAAAACAUAGUAAUUGAAGAUGAUGAUGAAGACCUUAUACCUAUGACAUAUGAUAAUAUUCCUUAAAAGAAAGUAGAAAUGAAAUAAUAAAUACCUCAACAUUUAGCUUAAUCCAUAAAUCCAACUUUCAACUUAACACCUAUAAGACAAAAAAUACAUUCUUAGAUUUUAGAACAUGCAAAUUAAAUAAUUGAUGGUGAAGUAGAUAUCAGUGAUUUCAUCAUAUAAUAUAAUGAAUUAGUAUUUUAUGAGCAAAUAGCAUCAGGAGGAUCGGGAGUGGUAUACCGUGGAAGGUUCAAGAAUGAAAUAGUGGCAAUAAAGGAUAUUGAUAUAAAUGAGAAGGAUGAAUAAAAGAUGAAAGAAUAUAAGAGAGAAAUAGUGACUUUAGUAAAAGUGAGACAUCAUCAGAAUUUAGUGUGUUUAGUAGGGAUUACUUUUCAUUAAAAUAAAUUGUAUAUAAUAACUGAAUUCUGUUCAGGUGGCUCUCUUUUUGAUUUAAUACAUAGAAAUAGAGAGACAAAAAUUGAUUAAUUAACGAAAUUGAAACUCAGUUUGUUUAUAGCUGAAGGAAUGGCUUAUAUUCAUAAAUUAGGAUUUAUGCAUAGAGAUCUAAAGUCAUUAAAGUAAAUUUUAAUUAAAAAUUUAUAGUAUUUUAUUAGAUUAACCAUUCAGUCCUGAUUCUAAUAUUAAGAUUGCAGAUUUUGGUUUAGCCAGAACAGCUUUGGAAAAAACUGAGUGGAUGACAGCAGUUGUUGGAACAUUUGUAAGUUUAUAUAAUCUAAAUUAGCACUGGAUGGCUCCUGAAGUAUUUAGAGGAGAAAUGUAUACUAAUAAGGCUGAUGUAUAUUCUUAUGGAGUAUCAUUUAUUAAUAUAUAUAUUAGAUAGUCUUAUAUGAAAUAUUUUCAAGAUAAAUUCCCUAUAUGAAUAUUGCUAAUCCUAUGUAAAUAAUGAAGGCUGUAACAGAAUAGAAUUAAAGACCUGAUCUCUCGUUUGAAUGUUAAUAGGAGAUUAAAGCAUUAAUGGCCUAGUGUUGGCACCCUAAUCCUGAACAAAGACCAACUUUCGAAUAAAUUAUUAAUAGUUUGUAAAGUUUAUGA